UCAAAGCAGCUCUAAAUGGUAAUCCUGUCAAAACAAAAGGUUGGCCAGAGCAAUGGAAGCCUUACGUAAUUGCUUGGAAGCAGGCUAAGGGGAGAAUAGAGGAUAAGAAAGACUUCUCGGUUAGAGAUACAGUUAGGUUUUUAAAAAAGGAUACUUUUAGUGAUAUCAAGAAUUGGAGUCAACUAAUAGAUGAUUCGAUGAGAAACACCUGGCAAUGGAUGAAUACAAGGAAGGUUUCCAAUAUUAAAAAGGAUAUAUAUUGGCAUCUACAACGCAGAGCGCUCCCUUUGGAACAUAGAAUAAGGCAUAUUAACUGUAAUGACACAGGAAACUGUUCAAACUGCCUGGAGGUAAUUCAGACCCCUGAACAUUUUGCGCUUGACUGUCCGACAAGUAAAAAGAUUUGGAAAAUAGUUAUAGAAUUGGCUGAUCCCACAACCAGUAUAAAAAUGCCUAAUAAUUUUAACGCCAUGUUUGCAGACCACUAUACCGGAAAUAAACAAUUAAGAAACUGGAUAAACAUAACUACCAUACAUGAAAUUUGGUAUCGAUAUACACAACUAAAAUGGGGAGCUCCAAUCCCGAACCCUAUAUUAGAGUCAGUAAUCAAAUAUAGAGUAAAGAAAGCAAUUGAGAUAAUGAAAUAUAUUGGUGGAGAAAGUAGUCAGAACGGCUAA